AUGGGUGUUGAAUAUUAUAAGUCUAAAAUCAAAGAACUUGAGACUAAGCUAGCUAUUUCUGAGGAUCUGAUAUCUAUUUUCGAUUCAACAGGGAACUCAUGCACAAAAUAUUUCGGAGAAAAUAGUAUACCCUCGUUGGAAUCUGAGAUGAUGAAUGGGAUAUUACCCUUUGAGAAAGAUAUAACAAGGGAGAUAAAUCUGAAAAAAAAACCAUUACCAGUGAUCAUAGAUGAUGAUGAUGAAAGGAAUAAGAAAGUUAUCAAAUCAUUAGUUGAGUUUUUCUUCAAAGUGGAUCAAUAUUACUAUUUCAAUGAAAUCAUUGAUAAGGAUGAUUUAUUGAAAUUUUUGGAUAAUUAUGAUACCAUGAAAACAUGGUCCAAUGAUGAAGAUAUGAUGCUGCUCUGUUGUAUUCUUGUUGAUGUUUUGAAAAAUGGACUGGAGAAUCGUGAACCACCAAUAAUUUCACAUCAAGAGGAAAAACUUAAAUAUUUGAUUAAUUAUUAUUUCCAAAUCUCCAAAAUACAAACAACUGAAACUAAAAAAUUCUUACAAUCACAAUUAAUAUUGAUCAACUAUUAUUAUUUUAUUUAUUCUUUUGAAAAAUGUUGGAAAUUAGUCUUCCAAUUAGUUUCAAAUGCUUAUAGUAUUGGACUACACAUAGAAGGUGGUCCACUUUGGACAAAGAUCAAUACAAUGGAGGCACUCAUAUGCUCUGCAUCCUCAAGACCAAAUAUCAUACCUUCUUGCUGUCUGUUUAGUGAAGUUCAAAAAUCAAAUGAUGAGUUGAAAGAGUAUCAACUUUGUGAAGUUUUAAGAAUAAAGAAUGGAUUAUUUGUUUCUUCAUAUGUUAAUGAAACUAAGAUUUGUUAUCAAGCAAUUUUAAAGAUUGAUAAGCAAUAUGAUGAAUAUAAUAGUUUUCUUGAAUCAAAAAUCAUAAAGGAUAUCAAUGAUGAUGAAGUUGAAGUUUCCAAAAAGAAUGAAAAGUUUACUUCUCACACUAAAGAAUCUACGUAA